AUGCCUCUCUCGGCGGUAUCCGUCCUCCGCGCCGCCUCCCUCGCCGUCCUGCUGCUCGCGGCCAUGGCCACGGGCGGCGACGGCAGCACGACGGGUGACUCGUCCGUGGCCCAGUCCAUCGACGACACGGAGAUGUACCUCUGCUACCUCUGCACCGGGCGCAACCCGAUGCUGAUCAGGUACUGCCCCAUCUACUGGGACUGGUGCCACCUCCUGUGCUACGACCCCGACGUCGCCGCCGGGCGCGCUGCGUCCGUGCGGCCGGCGGCAGCGGCAGCCACGGCCCCGCGCGAGACGUACGCCCAGCUGGGGUGCUACGUCAUGAAGCUGUACCGGAACGGCACCUACACCAUCGUCAGCCGCCACGACUGCUCAAAAAUGGCCAGUUGCCGCCUCUCCUGCGGCGGCGGCGACGUCGUAGUCGCCGACGGGAAACCCUUGGGCGCGGCGCCGCUGCCGGUUACAGCGUCGGCGCCCCAGGGAAUGCAGCUGCCGCCGUCGUCGCACGUCGCCGAGUUCCAGCGGUGCGGCGAUCAGGCAAUGGGCCUGCCUCUGAGCGCCGUCCCCGGACGCGUCUAG